AUGUUCCCGCCUCGUACUAGCCGCUUCCCAGUACCGUCCGCGCCGCGCAGAGCGGAUCGUUGGCGGCGGCGCAGUUUUGCACCCGGCACUAACGCCUGCAGUUUUCUCGGGUAUAAAGAGACCGCGCGUCGCAGCUGGGCACUGAUUCACAAAGUUUCGGGCGCUGGAGGAAGACAGACGGACACCACUGACUAUCAACAUGAAGUGCGGAAACUGCUGCUGCAACAAGAACGUGUGCUGCUCGGUGGGCACCUGCUGCCAGGCCGGAUCCUGCUCCUGCGGCAGCUGCGGCUGCAAGAGGUCGUGCUGCAAGUCCAGCUCGCCCAGCAAAUAGACGGCCCCGGCGACCGGCACAUCUCACCCAUGUACCAAAUAGACGGCCCGGGCGGCCGGCACAUCUCACCCAUGUACCAAAUAGCCGGCCCCGACGGCAGCUGUCCCAGGCCGCCCACCUAUAGCGGACAGCCGGGCGGCAGCUGUCCCAGGCCGCCCACCUAUAGCGGACAGCCGGGCGGCAGCUGUCCUAAUCAGUCCACCCGGGCGGGCAGCUUUGCCUGGCCGUCGGCCGUGAACUGAUCGUGAUUCGUGACUGCAGGCCUCUAUACAGAGAGGCCGCUCGACCUGCCCUCGCUGACUGCCCAUUGAACAACAUAUAGACCAAUUAUACGUUUUGUAAUAAAAUAUAAAAACGUGA